CGGGGCCAUGGCGACCUGCUUUCGGCUGCGGAGGUGCCUGGCCCUGCACCUGCCGCGGCUGCCUCCACACCGCGUCCUCCGCCCCCGCGCCGACGGCCGGGUGGCCCUGAUCCGCGGCCACGCCCGGGGCCCGGCGGGCCUCUCCUCCGCCCUGCUGCGCACUGACGGCUUCGUGGGCGGCAGCUGGCUCUCGGCCGCCGCCACCUUCCCCGUGCACGACCCGGCCAGCGGCGCCGAGCUGGGCUUGGUGGCCGACUGCGGGGUGCCGGAGGCCCGCGCCGCCGUGCGGGCUGCCUACGAGGCUUUCUGCAGCUGGAGGGAGGUCUCGAGCAAGGAGAGGAGUUCUUUACUUCGGAAAUGGUACGACUUAAUGAUACAAAAUAAGGAUGACCUCGCCAAGAUAAUUACAGCUGAAAGUGGAAAGCCACUGAAGGAGGCACAGGGAGAAAUUCUCUAUUCUGCCAAUUUCCUGGAGUGGUUUUCAGAGGAAGCCCGUCGCGUUUAUGGAGACAUCAUCUACCCCCCAGGAAAAGAAAAGAGGGCUCUGGUCCUCAAGCAGCCCCUCGGUGUGGCUGCAGUCAUCACCCCGUGGAAUUUCCCCAGUGCCAUGAUUACACGGAAGGUGGGGGCUGCUCUGGCAGCCGGCUGCACGGUGGUGGUGAAACCUGCUGAGGACACGCCCUUCUCUGCCCUGGCCUUGGCCGAGCUUGCAAACCAGGCUGGAAUUCCUCCAGGUGUAUACAAUGUUAUUCCCUGCUCUCAAAAGAAGGCCAAGGAAGUAGGGGAAGCACUUUGCACAGAUCCUCUAGUGUCUAAAAUUUCCUUUACUGGCUCAACAGCCACCGGAAAGGUCCUGUUGCAUCACGCGGCAAACUCUGUGAAAAGGGUGUCCAUGGAGCUGGGUGGCCACGCCCCAUUCAUUGUGUUCGACAGCGCCAAUGUGGACCAGGCUGUCGCUGGGGCCAUGGCAUCCAAAUUUAGGAACUCUGGACAGACCUGUGUGUGCUCAAACCGCUUCUUGGUGCAAAGAGGUAUCCAUGAUUCCUUCGUGAAAAAAUUUGCUGAGGCAAUUAAAACAAACCUGCAUGUAGGUAAUGGAUUUGAAGAGAGAACUACUCAAGGCCCGUUAAUUAAUGAGAAAGCUGUAGAAAAGGUAGAGAAACAUGUGAGUGAUGCCAUCUCCAAAGGGGCCACCGUUGUGACAGGUGGGAAGCGACAUGAAAUUGGAAAGAAUUUCUUCGAGCCCACCCUGCUCAGCAAUGUCACCCGAGAUAUGCUCUGCUCUCAGGAAGAGACUUUUGGGCCUGUGGCACCUGUUAUCAAGUUUGAUACAGAGGAGGAGGCAGUGGCGAUCGCUAACGCGGCCGACGUCGGGCUGGCAGGGUAUUUCUACUCUCGAGACCCGGCCCAGAUCUGGAGGGUGGCGGAGCGGCUGGAGGUCGGCAUGGUUGGUGUUAACGAAGGAUUGAUCUCCUCCGUGGAGUGCCCGUUCGGCGGAGUGAAGCAGUCUGGCCUUGGGCGAGAGGGCUCCAAGUACGGCAUCGACGAGUACCUGGAGCUCAAGUACGUGUGCUUUGGAGGCUUAUAGGACUCUUUAGUUCUUCAACAAAUAAAAAAGGAAGCUUACCUACGUGUAUGGGGACACGCCCUCUAUUAUUCUAAAUCAGCCCAUAGGGUAUCUUGAUUAGGAAUUUUUAAAAGCUUAUCCAGUCCUCAUGAUCUUAAGCAGAUGCAAACCCUACCCCUCCCCGUACCUGACUAGGGACCAGUGUCUGCCACGCCCCUGUGGCCGCAGAUGCCCCGAGAACCAGCGCAGGGUUUACAGGUGAAGCCCUGGACCCUACCGUGACCCCGUCUGCCUCAGAGCAAGGCGCAGCGUGAGGCCAGCCGGCCCCCGCCGCCCCGUCACCACGGCUGGGUCACUGCCUGGGCAGUGACGCAGCCAGCACCCCCGUGGCUCCUGAGCCUAGACCCAGAGGGGGCUGCCGGGGAGACCCCCGCAUGUGACUGACCCGCUGGUCGGGGGGCACAGCACCCAGGCAACCUGCCAGCUCAGCCCUGAAGACACUAGCUGGGUACUCAGAGGUACUGCUGCACAGACUCCUAUUUUAAGACUUCGGAAACAGCACAGAAUUGCCUGUGUUUCUUUGAGAAAUGAAAUAACCCUCGUCCCUUUUCGGACCAUUUAAAAACCGACAUCUUCGUCAUCCUAAGUUAUCUGCUUAAAGAUGUUCUAUUCGUUUCUGUGCUGUUUUCCAUGUCACGUUGCUUCCGAUAGGAAAAGAGCCUCAGCAUGAAGCAAAGCAUGGCGGUGGCAGCGUGGUGGGCUGGGUGGCCCGCAGGUAACGGCCUGGUGGGACUUCCCUGGCGGUCCAGCGGUUAGGACUCUGUGCUUCCACUGCACGGGGCACGGGUUCCAUCCCUGGCUGGGGAACUAAGGUCCUGCGUGCCGCGUGGCCAAAAAAACCCAGGUUGUCCCCACAGAUGUGCAUUCAACCCCCGAGAGCACGCCACGCCCCCCCCUCCCCCGAAGAGUGGAGAUUAUACAUGCCUUAGUUAGUUCCAUGGGAUAUUGUGAACCUAAGAGAAAGCAAAAGUACUUGCCAAAAAGUGACAAUUCGAAGUAAGUGCAGGAGUCAUCAUUAUUAUGAGCAGCCCUGUGAGCCAAAUAUACUAGAAAACUCCCGGCCCUGCUUGGGCAUCUGGCAGUGGCUUUGCCAAGGUGAGGGGAGUCUGGUACCCACCUGCCCAGCACCUGAGCCUGAGUGAGGGCUUGUUCCUGUGGCCUGCUCUUUCUGUCCUUAUGAGGUGCUGCUCCUUCACCUGCAAAAGAGCAAAAGCACUGUCACCACAAUAAUCCCAAAAGGAAAAAAAAUUACCAUAAUUGCCAAUCGGAAGAGGCCUGAGGCUUUGCCCUUCAGGCAUCUUUUAUCCAGUAAGAGUUUUUAUAGUUCAUCAUUUAAAGAAGCAAAAAAACCCCUAUGACCACUGUCUCCUGUCACUCUGAAAGAAAAACUCUGAUUAAGAAAACGCGAGGCUUUUCCAUACCGUGUCUCUAUCUGUCCUGAUACAAGGGAUAAAGGCUGUUCCUGGUGGGAAAGGAGAAUGAAGCGCCUUCCUUUCCCGUUCUGUGGAUAUUCUGGGGAGCAGAAGGAAAAUAUGAAUGAAAGUAGUGCUAGAGGCAGUCACUCCUGGACCCAGCCAGGACGUAGCAUCCCUCACUGAGCCAUGGGGAGCUAUGGUUGAGUAGUUAAAGGUCUGAGAUGUGUCUGUGCACAGAGGUACCAUACCCAGUCCCGGAGCUGCCCUGUGUUUGCCCUGGUUUACAUCAGCCAUCUCUGCAAGGCACAGUAAGGAAUGAACUGAAACUCACCUCCUGGUGACAUGCAUUGCCCAGGCAUCUGUCCAGAAUCACAUACACAUCGUAUUGACUCAAUUUCUUUUUAGUUUUGGGGUUGUUUUAUGAAACACUCUACUUAAUAUUUGUUGUGUCCAUCUGUUUUCUAUUAACAAUAAAAAUGCUCUGUUAGUGUUAGAGUCUAACACUAGUUUUUAGAAGUCUGGAAUACUGGUGCUUGAAAUGUUUGGAGGAAUAAAAAUAGAUUUGUAACUUUGUAGAUCAGUGACUGUCUUGGCUGGGUGGCAGAUGUUGAGUUUUCUAGUAUAUUUGGCUCACCAGGUACAUAAAUUGAGGACCAGAGACUCAUUCCAGUAUCUUUGGUUAAUUUUGGAAUUAAAAUAAUUUGAAAAGGAAAUAGCUUACUGUUUAGUAAAAUUGUUCUGGGUUGUGGGGGUAAAAAUGAAGUAUUUAUAAAUGAAUAUUUUGGGGGUUAUUUUUCAAUAAGGUAACCAUAUGUGAUGGAUUUUUUAAAAAUAUAUGUUACAACAUGCAAUAGAAAAGGACUGUUAGACCAGGGGUUGGCUCACAGGCCAGAUCUGGCCUGCCAUCCUGCUUUUCGACAACCCAGAGCUAAGAAUGGUUGUUAUAUCCCCAAAUGGUUGGGAAGAAAAAUCAAAAGAAUAGUAUUCAUGACACAUGAAAAUUUUAUGAAAUUCGGAUUCGGUGUCCAAAAAUAAAAUCUUAUUGGAACCCAGCCACACCCAUUCAUUUUCCAUGAGAUCUGUGGCUACUUUUUUGGCAGAGUUGGGUAUUUGCAGCACAGACAGUAUUGCCGGCUUUUUACAGAAAUAGUUUGCCAACCCCUAAUCUAAACCAAGAGGGAGAUGUUGACCUUCCCCUGUUUAUGAGGCAUUAUAUCAUUUUAUUGCUCCAGUGAACUCUCACCAAGAACUUCCCAGCAAUGAUCCCACAGCUCAAAAGAAAUUACCCAGAUAACGGGAGUCUAUUGGCCUUGAAAAAAACUCUCCUCAAUUUACUUUCCCCAGCUAUGCAGGGAUUCUCAUUUAAAAAGCUCCCCUGUACCUGUUAUCUUUAUCCAUUUGAGUAGCUUUUAAAUACAAUUUUAUGUCAAGUGCUGGCUCAUCUACCUUUAUUUUUACAGACAGACUCGGUGAAAGCAAAGAUCAGAAGCACAAUGCAAAUAAAUCUAUUGUAUUGUAAACUUACAUCAUUAACUCUAAACUGUGCCACGACUGCCUUUUCUGAAGGCUGGCGCCCAGGGUUUUAAUUAUUCAUGUGCAGCUACAGUAGAUAGCAUUUUACUUGAAUAACAUUUAUGCUGUGAUUUUUUUUUUCUGUAAUAAUAUUUUUGCUGUAUUUUGUGAGAUAAAACUUGGGAAUAAGUGCAGUGGGAAGUGUGGACACAUUUUGUUUUUUAAACGUGCACAUAGUUCACUUUUCCAGUUUCUGAUAAGUGUGUAUGUGUUUCAGUGUCUUGUCAGCAGAGUUGUGUGUGUGUAAUUAAUAAAGGCUGAAUUAACAGCGUU